AUGGCGAAAUGUUACGGAACUUCGCGUUCACGACCAGAGCCACGCGGUGGCCAGAAGCGCCGGCCAGCACUGUACUCCACCUAUCCCUCAAUCCUUCCAUGUCCCGAUCGCAACGCGGGCACGGGACUCUUUCUACUUUUACUACGUCUCAAAUCCCUUGACAAGGUGCUGGAAGUUCUUGCAACCGUACCACGAGAUCCAGAGCAAAAGCUCGCCGCAUCUCAGCGGUCUUACGGGCUUGCGCUAGGAAAAACGCGCGCUGCCCUCGGUUACUCUGUUCAGCAGAUUGAUCGUUCGACAGUUCUAGCCGCUCUCGUUCUGGACAUAGUCGAGAAAGUUUUGAGCACCAGUGGACGCCCUCUGUCCGCUCAUGUUGACGGCGCGCUGGGUCUGGUGAAGUUGAUCGGCAUAGGCAGGUUCAAGGACUCGACAAGCUUGCAAGUUCUCAUAAGCCUGACAAAUCAGUCUAUGAUCGGAUCCUUGGCCUUGCAGCAGCCCAUUCAUCCCGAUGUCGUAUCUUUACGGUCUUGGCUAGAAGCCGGAUUACUAGCAGGCCAAUACCCUACGGGUGUGACUGAGUUGUUUGUACGCUAUGCUGUAUUGCAGAGCAGAUUCUCUACGAAUUGCACCGCGAACGAUGCUUACGUCUUGGAGUGCUACAGCAUGGACUCGGAGAUUGCUGGCUUGGAGCUCAACAUGCCACCCCUCUGGCAGUACCAGACUAUUGAGCUGGACGCAGCAUCCCAAGGACGGUUCGGGCAGUACUGCCAUGUCUACCCGCAUCGAAACAUCUGUCAGGCGCGGAACCUGAUCCGAGUCUGCCGGCUUUUGCUCAACGAGGCUGUACUUGAAUAUGCUUCGCCAUCGGCAGUGGACGGUGCCAGUGCAGGCCUCACAGAUAUAGCACGGGACAACGCUAUUCGUCUUGCCGGAGAGAUCUAUACCAGCGUUGCGCAGUUUGCCGACUGCAGAACACAUGCCAAGCACUCUCAAUCACAUGUGCCCAACAAAGUUCCGGACGUCACAAAUUGCCGCAGCCAUAGUCCAACUCACACGGGCGACUGCUACACGCUCAUAUUCCCUCUUUACGCCGCCGGGAGAACACACAUCUCGAAGCAUAUGAAACACCAGAUUCUCAACUAUCUUUACUACAUCGCCGACCACUUCCGCAUCCGCAACGCCAAAAAUAUCGCGCAAUCUCUGGAGCGGGAGCAGGGGCGACAACCUGGUGUCUGGGAUGUCUAUGCGAAGCUCGGAAGUUAUGCCUUCCACAUGUAG